AUGUGUAACAAGCAGAGUUAUUCCACAUUUUCAAUAAAAAAUUUAGGUAUGCUUUGCCAGAGAUUCACCUUUAUAACUAUUUUCAACUAUGCUCUGGUUUCAGGACAUCGAGAGUGGUGGCCACCAUCAGGACCUUUUAAGGUGAAAUGUCCUUAUAGAAAAGUAGACUUGAGUUGGUACUCUGGCACAGUGAACCCCUGCCCAAAAAUACGUCAACCCAUCUGUGGCACAAAUGUACAAACCUAUGACAACCCCUGCAUCUUGUGUAUUGAGAGUAUGAAAUCUAGGGGAAAAAUUAAGUUUUCCCAUGAUGGACACUGCUAG